AAAAAACACACAAAAGAAAAAAAUAAAAAAAUAACAAAAAAUACACUAAAAAAACACACAAAAAACACUAAAAAUGUCCCAAGAUCCUGUCUCUACACAAGAAGUCUUCCCCGCGGUGGAAACCAUCGAAGCAGGAGAAAAAUCCGUGGUCGACACUGUCCCAGAGGUUGUGCCCCAAGAAAGAGAGGCUGAGGCCGAAGGGAUCUCCAAGCCGGAGGAGGGCAACCAACCACUUGGUGAUGCACCGCGAGAGGAGAAGCCACAGAACGAGUCUAUACCCAUCACCGCACUCGAGGCGACGGAGGAGGGACAGGAAACGGAAACCAUCGAACACGAAGCUACCAAAAGAACAGAACAAACGGAAGCCUCAGAUGAUCUUUCGGCAGAGGAAAGAAAACUGAAGCUGAAGAAGGAGCGAAAGGAGCGUUUGAAGAAUUUGGCAACCACUCGCUUUGCCCCGAUUGAAUUCGAGGACAAAGUUAGUUUUGUAGGGGUAUAUAAAGAAGAAGUCAGGGAUAAUGAGGUGGAGGAGGAGGAGGACCACCUAGCCAACAUUGAUGGGGUCGAUGGAGUCGAUGAGGACGCGGAUUCAAGUGCCACCGACGAGUCAGAAGACGAAUUAUUCUUGGGACCCAAAAUGGUGAGCCUAUUCCCGACCUAUGGCUUCUCAGAUGGCCCUGUUGAUAGAAGCAUAUUCCAAACGGAUGUGAAAUUUGAAGACAUUGAUUAUUCGGCGAGUUUGACUGGUAUAAGCAUUGUAUCGACGAGAACAUUGAAAAGUGAACGCGAUCCGGAUUCCGUUCAGAUGAAAACCAACUUUCUGAGGGAUUUCGAUGUGCCCAGUCUGUCGGACAUAUCGGAGGAGCACGAGCCGUCUGCUCAGUCACCGGAGGGUGAUAAGCGGUCGCUGAUAAGCGUACAGCAUGAUGAUGGUUUCUAUGCGGAUCCCACGUCGAAGAUGGACUCAAGUUCCAGCUCGGCGUCGGAAUCGGUUGGGGACAUUGAGGAAGAGCACCAGGCUGAGGAUGCGGCUCCAGAAAGUGAGGUCGGCUCCCUCGAUAUCUCCGACAUACCUGAAUUCAAUGAACCACCAGUGUUCAGGACCAGUGUUCCUGAAGAAAAGCAUGUGACUCUGGAUGAAUUCACCAUCUUGUCAAAGGUGGCCUUCUCAUUACCCGAGAUCCGAGAAGAUCGUGACAUUUCGCUUGCUUUCGAGAUCAAGUCGGUGGUCACGGAACUACUGUUCGAUCUUUUUGAGGAGACGGCUAAGAUUUCGGACCUCCACAACAAGGAGAACGAAAUUCGCGCGAAAUUGGACAAGAGUAAGCUAUUGGACGAGCUGCAAAAAGCCGUCAGUACAUAUUUGUUUGAAAGGUCCACGAACGAAAUGGUGGGCAAUCGACUGAUAGAGUAUUUUAAACGCAAUCGCAAUGCCCGGGUCUUUGUCACGCUCUCGCAGGAAAGUGACAAACGAUUCCAUUCCCGAUACAUGCAGGCACUGGCUCUGCUGGACAGUCUGAAGUAUCGACUGGUGGUGGCCAAGCACAAGCACGCCAUCCAGAUGAACAGGGUGAUCCUGGAUCUCCACUCCGCCCAGAGUCUCGCCUCGAUCACUGAGGAGCGCUUUGAGCAUCUGCUCCGGAAACACCUAGUCCGGGCCGACUCAGAUUACCUGCGACGUCUAGUCGAUCGCGAACUGAGACUAAUGACGGUCAAACGGAACGAGAUCAGCGACGCCAGACUGUUCCUGAUCAUAAGAAAGCACACCUUGGGUCACAUAUUUGGUAAAAUCCAAGAACUGGAGACACUAAGUGACUCCUUGAGCAUCAGGGACUUCUUGGCCGUGCAAAAUGAUGUGAUUGCCCUGCAAAAGAAAAUCGAGGAGCGCACUGUCGAUCUGAAGAGGAUGCGAACGCAGUUCCUCAUGGACGUUCAUCUCACCCGACACAAUCGGGAAAAAGCGCUGGCUCUGGGGGAAAAAUUUGAGCUACAGAAAAUACUGCUGCGCAACGCCAUCAAAAAUCAGAGAAACCUGCGAAGACGACUCUACGAAGUGAAAUUGGAGCGCAAGACGAUGCGUCAGCAGUUAAGGGACCUCACCUUCCAAGGCGGCAUCCUGUCGAUGCCAUCGCUGAUGUAUGACUUCGACAACACCGUGGAGCGGCUGAAGGAGAAGCGGGAAACGGUCGCCAAGCUCAGAGAAACCAUGAAGGCACUCCAGCGUCGGGUCAGCCAACUAGAGGCAAGAAGCAUAUAGAGUUGUAAGAACAGAUAAAUCGAAUAAACAGUGCACUUUAUCACAAAAA